GUAAAAUCUAAAAUCAGAGCAAACGGGCGGGAAAACAUUGAACAACCAAAAUCUCAAAACCCUAACUCUAAUAUCAUUUUCGCGCCUCACUGCUCGGCUCAUCUCUGCAAAUUCUUACAAAUCGAUGACGGAAAAAACUUUCCAGCGUUUCUCGAUCUGAAAUCAAGUUCGUUAAUCCUUCACAAUCAUCAAACCCUAAUUUUGCAGACACGCUGAAUUGUAGAUCUGAAAAGUUUCAAUGGAAAGUCGGCUGGUGCUAUCACACGCGCCUGGUGAAGUUAUUACCGAGCUUAGCACUGCCGACGCUGAGUUAGUGAGCAGAUCAUGGAAUUUGUUCGCUAUUCUGCUAUCCAUAGGGCGUCCAGUUCCUUCGAUUGAAUUGGCAUCUCGAUGCAGUUAUCUUGACGUGUCACCGGAAUUCAUCGAAUUCGUUUGCUCUAUACCUAACUCCCCCCUCUCGUUGACGGAUGAUGGUCUGGUUACGGUUUCUUCUGCUGUUUGUAUAGGUUUACAGCGGUUUUUGCUGAAUUCAGGUCGAGUUUUUAAGAUUUCGAUUCCUUGGGAGAUGAAGACUCGGGACUUUGAGCGCAAGAGAGCUUGGGAAGAUUUUGAAUUGACGUGUUCUCGAAAGCGAAGAAGAUCGCGGCCUAAUAUUUCAGAGAAAGCUGAUCAGACGGAUUUGUCGAUGUCUGUUGGGAUUUCAAAUGCUUUUGAAAAGCAAUACGCCCAUGGUGAUGACCAUACCUCAAGGAGUCUAAUCAUAACUAACGACAAUACACCAGUUGAAGAUGAAAAGGAGUCGACUACAGUUUUGAGCAUGAAAGAGCUUGCAAUCCAGAAUAAUUUCCUCAAUGGUUACAUUUGUUUCCCUAGCCCUAUUAAAAGGCCAUCAAGAAAGCGUAAAGAUUCUCUUCAGUUACAAUCAUCAUCUCAUCCAACUGAAAGACCAGUGACACGUUCAUUGACCAAAAGGCAUAGUAAAGCAUCUUGCCAAGAAGAUAAAAACAAGAAGGUAAUCUCACUGUUGAAAACUUGGAUUGAAAAUUCAACAGAAAAACAAACACUUGUGAUGGAAAGAGAACACAAAUGUAUCUUAGAUUCUUCAAUCCAUGAAGUAAACAUUGAAAAUGUGCCAAAUAAUAUUGUUCAUGAAAGCAUGAUCCCUGAGCUCAAUUGUGGAAACAUAAACACUAUGAACUGCAAUGACAUGGCACCUUGUUCUGACAAUAAGGAAAAGGCAGUUUGCCAAGAAGUUGAAGAACAGAAGAUAGUUUCACUAACAGAUGCUGGAAAACUAUGCAUUAAUGAAGCUCAAAUGGAUGAUGUACAAGAGGAAGAAAAACCAAUUUGUGAAAGAGAACAGUUAGUUUGCUCACAAGAUACCGAAAACAAUCUCCAUGACAACAAACAAUUGACAGCUGUUCCAAAGGAUGCAAAUUUGACAGUGCCAACAGUCUCUAUAACAACAAACAAUGAAAAUGACCUCAGUGCCCCUACUGAGCAGAAGAAUAGUAAAAAAGACAAGAAGUCAGCUCUCAUGAAGCAGAAGUUAAAGCCAUCUGGAGAACAGAAGAUAGAAAUUACUCGGAAACAGGAAAACAUAAAAGAAAAUAAGGAAAAGUGUAUUGCCACUUCUGUCAAAGGCAAUUUGGAGCCAAGAGAAGUGCCAGUGUUUGAUUCUUUCAUUGUAGAGGAAGAAGAAGGUUCAGGUGGUUAUGGCACAGUCUACAAGGCACGAAGCAAAAAAGAUGGAACAACAUUUGCUGUUAAAAAUCCUCAUGAAAAUGCUAACAGAAACCAUGUUUAUAAUGAAUUAAAAAUGCUGGAAAGAUUCGGGGGUAAGAAUUUUGUAAUUAAAUACGAAGGCUCAUUCAAAAGUGGCAACUCCCAUUGUCUUGUUCUUGAGCAUGUUGCCCACGAUAGGCCUGAGGUCUUGAAGAGAGAAAUAGAUGUUCAACAACUCCGGUGGUAUGGCUACUGUUUAUUCAGAGCACUUUCUAGUCUUCAUAAACAGGGAGUAGUUCACAGAGACGUUAAGCCUGGAAAUUUCCUUUUCUCUCUCAAGGCCUCCAAGGGCUAUCUCAUAGAUUUCAACCUUGCAACUGAUUUGCAUCAGAAAUUCGGAUCCACAGAAAAAUCCAAGUUGAAUAAUGAUGCAAGUUUUGGUCUUCCUCCUACAAAGACUAGAAAAUACACAAGCUCCAAAGCUUUAGAACCAGUGACACACAUAAAAAAGAAGAGUGAUCAAAUAAAGAUGAAAAGCCAAGGUGCAGAUGGUUCUGGAAUAACCUCUACAAAAGACGCAACAAGCAACAGAAUUCCAUCAGCAGAAAGGCUUAGGGAGCCUAUUCCCUCCACACAGAGAAAAGAACUUCUCAAUUUAGUACACGAAGCAUUACAGGGUCCCGAUCAACCAAUAACUUCAAAAAGAAAACGCGUUGCUGCCCCUCCAACAAAAUCAGAUAACAAAAAGCUUAUAUAUCUCACUCCAAUGCCACUACAAUCCACCGGAAUCGCGGUUUCCGGUGCCGGAUUACUUAAAAACAAACAACGGAAAGAAGGACCGUGUGUUGGUACAAAAGGUUUCAGAGCUCCAGAGGUAUUGUUCAAAUCAAUGUACCAAGGGCCUAAAAUUGACGUAUGGUCUGCUGGAGUUACUUUGCUUUAUUUGAUCAUUGGAAGAACUCCGUUUGGUGGUGAUCCUGAUCAGAAUAUAAAAGAGAUUGCAAAGUUAAGGGGAAGUGAAGAUUUGUGGGAAGUGGCAAAGUUGCAUGACCGUGAAUCAUCAUUUCCACCGGAACUGUAUCAGUUAAAAUCAUUGCCAUCUGUGGAGCUACGAGAAUGGUGUAAACAGAAUACGAGACGCCCGGAUUUUUUAAUUCCAAAAUCACUUAUUGAUCUUGUUGAUAAGUGUUUGAUGGUGAACCCACGAGCAAGAAUAAGUGCAGAAGAAGCUCUAAGGCAUGAAUUUUUCAUGCCAUGCUUCAAGGACAUUGAAAAGCACAGGCUGCUCAGGCAAAAGCCUUCUCAGCCUGUGACUUUUGAAGGUCUUCCAUGAGAGACUUGUUAUAUCAUCAUAACAUUAGGUUUUCUUAGGUCUUGCAAAAAAAGCAUAGUUUUUGCAGUAAAUCUACUCUUAACAUGUUGAAUUUCUUGAACCAAAUGAUUGUUAAUAUGAAACUUGACAGUUGACA